AGAUAUGGAAUGACAGAUGAGAAGGAAUGUGCUAUUUUGUUGCUGAACUGUGUUUAUGGGUAUAUAUAAUAAAGGCAGAUUUGUAGAUGUUUAGUGUGUUCUGUUUUGCUGCUUCUGCUCAGAAGAGUCUGACUGAAACUGCAGCCCCUGCAAAAAAAAAAAAGUUUUCUCCAACUCUUCCUGUCCCAACUAGCGUCAGGCAUGGAAAGGGUUAGCUGAACAGAUUUUGUGGUGAGAAUAACUAGACAUGAAGAUCACAGGAGAGGAGCAGGAAGCAGUUUAUUGCCCACUGAGGGUAGCAGCAGUUUUUUGACCUAGUCCCUAACACCAUUUAUAUUUUCAAUCAGGAUGGCUUUGCACUGUAGAAGCUGGUUCUCUAAUGAAGGAUCCAAGCACUUAUUACUGGUUUCCUGGCUUGCUCUCAAUAUAUGGAUGUUUUGGAAAACUUUCAGGAAGUAUUAUAAUGGACUAGAGUACUAUUACUUGCACCAGAUGCUUGGGUUAGGAUUGUGCAUUAGCCGAGCAUCAGCCUCAGUACUGAAUCUCAACUGCAGUUUGGUUCUUUUGCCAAUGUGCCGGACUCUGCUGGACCUUCUCUGUGGAUCAAAAAAGGUGGUUAACAGGAAAACAAGAAGACUCUUUGACAAAAACAAAUCAUUCCAUGCUUUCUGCGGGAUUGCAAUUUGUGUUUUUUCAGCUGUACAUGUCGCUGCUCAUAUGCUCAAUGCUGUAAACUUUUCCACCAACUACAACACUGAUUUUGUGUCAAUAAAUGUUGCACACUUUAAAAAUGAGGAUCCCAGAAAAAUAAUCUUCACCACUGUUCCUGGUUUGACUGGUGUCCUUAUGGUAAUAAUUUUAUUUCUGAUGUGCACAGCUUCUACAUCUUCCAUCAGGGCCACUAAUUAUGACAUCUUUUUGCACACUCACAACCUUUUCUUUAUCUUCUACAUACUGCUGCUGAUUCAUGCUACUGGAGGUGUUCUAAAAUAUCAAAGUAAUUUAGAGAAGCACCCUCCUGGCUGUCUCAAUCCAAACAAAACCAUAAAGGAUUAUUCUGUACUCAGUGUGGUUGAUGGGGAAUCAUUUUCUAAGAGCAUGCCGGCUACGACUCCAGGGAACUUUUCUGAGAAUCAAGGAGAAUUAAUUGGGAAUAAUUCCGAAAAAUUAUGCACCGAAGAACCAGAGUUUCAGCCUCACUUCCCAGAGACUUGGCUUUGGGUUUCUGGUCCAUUGUGCUUAUAUUGUGCUGAGAGAUUAUACCGACUGUUAAGGAGCAGGAAACCAGUUACAAUUACCUCAGUGAUACAUCACCCAUGUGACGUAAUUGAACUUCGAAUGAUUAAAGAAAACUUUAAAGCAAAGCCUGGUCAGUACAUUGUUCUGCAGUGUCCAAGGAUAUCAGCAUUGGAAAAUCAUCCAUUUACCCUGACAAUGUGCCCUACAGAAAAGAAAGGGACAUUUGCAGUUCAUGUCAAAGUAGUUGGGGACUGGACAGAGCAAUUUCGUCAAUUACUGAUUUCUUACUGCAAUCAAGGUACUGAAAUUCUUCCAGUAUUUCAACAAAGGAAACAUCCAAAAAUUUUGAUAGAUGGUCCAUUUGGAAGUCCUUCAGAAGAAGUUUUAAAUUAUAAAAUUAGUCUGUGUGUUGCUGGAGGCAUUGGAGUAACCCCAUUUGCAUCUAUUCUCAACCAUUUGCUUGAUGACUGGCAGCAUUACAAACUACAGCGCCUCUAUUUUGUGUGGAUAUGCCGAGAUAUUCAUGAUUUCCUCUGGUUUGCUGAUCUUUUGUGUGUUCUGCACAAGAAGCUUUGGCAAGAAAACCGACCAGACUACUUAAACAUCCAGCUAUACCUGAGUAAGACAGAUGAAAUACAGAAAAUAAUUGGAGAAAAAUACCAUGCUUUGAACUCCAGGCUUAUUAUUGGACGUCCCAGAUGGAAACUUUUGUUUGAUGAAAUAGCCAAAGCUAACAGGCGGAAAACAGUGGGAGUUUUCUGUUGUGGACCAAAAGGAAUGUCCAAAGAACUACAUAGACUGUGCAACAGUCCCAAUUCUUACAAAACAACAUUCGAGUACAACAAGGAAUCAUUUUGCUAAAAAAUAAAUGUUUUUCUUGUGAUGCUGCUUUAACUUAAGUGCAAUCAAACUUUUUCUCAAGCCCCGAAAACGAAAACUAUAAAUGAAAUAACCCCAAAAAGUUUAUAUAGAAAUUAAUUAUAGUGUGAUAGCCCUACAUAAAUCAGAACAUAUAGGGCUAGAUUACAAGCAAUCGCUAAAACUGCACUAGAGUUAAGCUUUUUGCGCUAGUCGGGUUGCGUUCGUUUUAUAAUUUCCAAAAAAACGAAUAUUGCGCCAGAGUUAGACAGCCAAGCCAGAUUUUCCACGCGGCUAUUGGCUAAGAGGUGAAAACGUCAUCUCUUAGCAAAAAAAUUUUUUAGCCGUGGGCUGCAGUAGCAGCUAAAAGCGGCGAUCGGUUGAAACAAAUAAAAGAGCUUUCUACAUAAAGUAUCUUACACUUCAUGAAUGAAAGUCCCCUUUAUUUGUUUCAAUCGUCAAUCCUAGCGUUUGUACAAUGCUAGGAUUGACUUUCAUUUUAAUGGCAAAUGUACAUGUAAAUUAAUGUUUUUAUAUGUGUGUAUAUAUGACUGUAAAUACAUAUAUACACAUAAUACAUUAAUAUACAUGUAGCCAUAUAUAAACAUAUAUAAACACAUAUAUAUAUAUAUAUAUAUAUAUAUAUAUAUAUAUAUAUAUAUAUAUACACAACUACAUCUUUAGACAUGUAUAUGUAUGUGUCUCAAUGUUAAAGCCUUUUCCCUACUUUUUUUUUCUAACACCGGAGAUCUCAUAUCUUUGAGCCCUUAUAACGUUUUUGUUCAAUAUUUUUUUUAAAUAAUUUUUAUUAGACAGUGUUAAUAUUAGUGUAACUGUACUUUUGCAAUAUAUUUUUGAAUUGUUUUGGGCAACUUUUUAGUUUCGGAAAACAGUUAACACAGGUCUGAGAUCGCGGUAAGGAUUGAAGCGUAAAUGGCUACGGUGCAAUUGUGAUUUCACUCAACUUGUAAUAUCAGCGCAAUGAAAAAGGCUUGCAAAAAGACGAUAUCGCUUGCACAAAACCAUUUGCGCCUCACUUGUAAUCUAGCCCAUAUUCUAUUAAUGACUGUGCAUGGGGUAUGACACUUGUCAAUAGUGUCAUAAGAUAAAAUAGAAAAAUACACUAGACCUCAGCACUAGCACAUAUACAAAACUAUAAAAACAAAACCACCUUUAUUUGUAGAAAAAAAUAUAAAUAUAUAAUCUACUGUUUGAUUAACAGAGGGUGAUAUUUUUAUAUUUGUUUCUAUUUUUUUAUUUUUGUGUAUUUUUACUACACAAAAAACUAUAUAAAAUAAUGACUAGAAUAGAAUUGCACAACAUUUUAUUAUUUUGAUUAUGUUUGUUAUCCUUUUGAUAUUACUUGCACAUUUUAUAGUUUUUAUUGUAUAUUUUAGUGUUUAAUGAUAAGCCAGUAUAACAACCUGGCGCUACUAGAAUAGUUUAAUAUUAACAUUAAAGUGCACUGAGAUUUCACUUUUUACGGUGAAACUAACUACUUGUCAUCGGCACGUUUAUCCUGGGCAUUUAUAACAGUUACUUGAACUACUGAUUACCAAUAAAAUAUAUAAAUCAGAAAUAUUCCAGAAUUAUUUUACACUGUGUUUACUGUUAUAUUGUUUAUAUUGCAAAAAUAAUGGUGUUUUAAAGGGACAUUGAACUGUAAAAUUUAAAUGGGGUAUGAAACCUAAAAAGUUUCUUUCACAAUUCAAAUAGAGCAUGGGAUUAUAAACAACUUUCUAAUUUACUUCUACAAUCAA